AACCCCCGUGCCAAGCACCAUCGGCCGACGCCACCGCCGCGCCACCGCCCGCGCCGCCACCGCCCCUAUAUAUACACCGCCGCAGCCGCCCUCCGUUACGCCGCCGCGACUUUUACCGGCCCGACGAGUUAAGCUCCGAGUCCCGGGGCAUAAGCCAAACGCGAACCGGAUACGUCACUCGUACAUAAUACACGCAACAAUCCGAUUAUUUUUACGCGCGCGCCGCUCGCGAUAUUUUUUCGGUUUUUCGAGUUCUCUUUAACAUUUACCUAUAUCUACGAGCCUUUGCGUCGGUCUUUCCGGAUUUAAAUAAUCGUGAUUUCCGAUUUAAUGUAUAAUAUUAUACUCUUUUCUACCACACAACCCGCACGCUACUCAGGCGGUGCAGUAUAACAUACCUUUGCGCAUUUUCGAAAGGUGCCAGUUUUUCCGUAUUUUAUAUACAGUUUUAAUAAACGAACCCGAUUGUUGCACAUAUAUUAAUUUACUUAUAGUAAACUAUCGUAUUUACGUUUCAACAUUAUAUUGUUAAACCGUUUCGGUUACGAUAUUUGUGUACACUAUUAAAUAAGAUUUAAAAUGAACCUAACCACAACUGAUUCAGAUCGGCCAUUCAUUUCAAUACAACAAUCACAACCCAUUUUCUCGUUAUCUGAUCCAAGAAUGGGUAGUAUUCAUUUAAAUUCCGAAAGCGAAAAUCGAGACGCGGACUCGAGUUAUUCCAUGAGGGACAGGCCGUUGUCGCUCUGCAUGUCGGCUGCUUGUGCCGCCCAACAAGUACCGGUGUCUUCGUCGAGAACGCCACCGACUUCAGUCGCCCCGACUUCGAGUCAUUACUCGGCAGCGGCGGGUGGCCAAGCCGUAACCAAGACCAAAACACUGGGACUGACUUGCGUCGUGUGCGGUGACACAUCCAGCGGAAAGCAUUACGGAAUAUUGGCGUGUAACGGUUGCAGUGGAUUUUUCAAGAGGAGUGUCCGCCGCAAACUCAUCUACAGAUGUCAAGCGGGAACCGGGAGUUGCGUAGUGGAUAAGGCGCAUCGUAACCAAUGUCAGGCGUGCAGGCUGAAGAAAUGCCUAAACAUGGGCAUGAAUAAGGACGCUGUCCAGAAUGAACGUCAGCCAAGAAACACGGCCACUAUACGUCCGGAAAAUCUAGCUGAUAUGGACCACGAACGAGUGAUUCGAGAAGCGGCUGUGGCGGUUGGAGUGUUUGGGCCAUGUCUUUACAGACCUCCGGUUUCAGUGGCGUUGGCAUUAUCUCCUCUGAGAUAUCAUCCCAACGGCCCAAUGGCACCGCCAAGUAUACAGCAACGACCUGCAGAACCGUCGCCGACCACAUCUUCAUCGCCGAAACAAGAAUCUCACCACGAUGACCAAGACGAUGAUGACAGUAUAGAUGUGACCAACGAAGAACCAGAUACGUCCGAAAACAAAAGGGCAUCGUCUUCUCCACCAGCGAUUCCGAUACCGCUCACCCAGCACCAUUCGAUGUACGACCAUCAUCCAUCAUUUUAUCCUGGCCUACACGAGAAUGUUUAUGAGACGUCCGCCCGUUUGCUUUUUAUGGCCGUCAAGUGGGCAAAAAAUUUACCGUCUUUCGCAUCUCUUCCGUUUAGAGACCAGGUGAUACUCUUAGAGGAAUGUUGGUCGGAAUUGUUCCUGUUAAACGCGGUCCAGUGGUGUUUACCACUGGAAAACAACCCACUUUUCAACCCUUCGGAUCACGUGGCGGCCAUACCCAAUGGGAAAGCUAGUCAAGUGGCAGCCGACAUACGCGUACUCAAUGAAACCUUGCGACGGUUCAGAACCAUCAGCGUCGACCCGGCAGAAUUCGCGUGCAUGAAAGCUAUCGUUUUGUUUAGAGCCGACACACGGGGAUUGAAAGACCCGAUACAAGUGGAGAACCUGCAAGACCAGGCACACGUCAUGCUCGGUCAACACACCAGAAACCAGCACCCCGGCCAGCCGGUCCGAUUCGGCCGGCUGCUGUUGAUGUUGCCACUGUUGAAAAACGUGCCGGCCGCCCGGAUCGAGGCCAUAUUCUUUCAGCGGACCAUCGGCAACAUACCAAUGGAAAAAGUCUUGUGCGAUAUGUACAAGAACUAAUGACGCGGUCGACAACGGAUAAUAAUCCAACACUCAUGACAUGAUAAUGUACAAUGCGGUACUUACCUACGUCGUACACCGCGUUAACGCAUAUUACGCAUAGCCGGUGUAGGUACUUAGUUUAUUGACAGAUACAGUGGUUUGCGUAAUAGGUAUAUAGAAGCAACUAAGCAAGUACGCGACUAUAAACCUAUUCCUAUAAUAUGUAAUACUAUUAGGU